GCUCCCGCCGCUCCUGCCGCUCCUGCCCGGGACGCCAUGGACGGGCACGCUGAGCUGCCUGCCUUCCCCCGGGCUGGGGCCCCGCCGCUAGCUGCCAGCGACACGGUGCCCGCGGUGCCCGAGGGGGCCGGGGCGGCCCGUCCCGCCCCGCCGCCGCGCCCCACUUCCUUCUCGGUGCUGGACAUCCUGGACCCCAACAAGUUCAAUAGCAGACGACGCCGCUGUGUGCUGCUGGGCCCUGUGGCGCCCGCCGCGUGCGCCCCGGCCCCGUGCGCCCCCGUCGCCGCCGCCCCCGGGCGCCCGCCGCGCGCAGAGGAGCUGGAGCGCCGCGCCCUCGCCGCCGCCAGAGAAGCUGGAGCCGCCACUGGAGCUGAGCCCCCGCACGCCGGCGACCCCUAUCAGGCGGAGGAAGCCGAGGCCAACGGCUACAGCAGCGGCGGCGGCGGGGGCCGCAGCCCGAGCGCUGACAGCGGGGACGAGGCGCCCGACGACGACGACGACGAGGACGAGGCGCCGGAGGCGGGGGCGUCGCGCAGCGCGGAGGAGGCGCGGGGAGGCGGCAGCGGCCUCGCGGCCCGCGGGUCGGGCUGCUCGGGCGCGGCCGAGGCCGAAGCGGCCCCCGGCGCCGUCGACGAGGCCGCGGUCCCCGGUCCCCGCGGGAACUCGCCCGGAGUCCCGGGCCCACCCGGGGCCGUGGCGGCGCCGGGAAGCGCGGGGACGACCCCGCAGGGCGCGGCGACGGCGACCAAGCCCAAGCGGAAGCGCACGGGCUCCGACUCCAAGUCAGGCAAGCCGCGGCGCGCGCGCACCGCCUUCACCUACGAGCAGCUCGUGGCGCUGGAGAACAAGUUCAAGGCGACGCGCUACCUGUCGGUGUGCGAGCGCCUCAACCUGGCGCUGUCGCUGAGCCUCACCGAGACACAGGUGAAGAUCUGGUUCCAGAACCGCCGCACCAAGUGGAAGAAGCAGAACCCGGGCGCCGACACGAGCGCACCGACCGGCGGCGGCGGGGGACCCGGGCCAGGCGCGGGGCCGGGCGCAGGGCUGCCCGGCGGCCUCAGCCCGCUCAGCCCGUCGCCGCCCAUGGGCGCGCCGCUCGCCAUGCACGGCCCGGCGGGGUACCCGGCGCACGGCCCCGGCGGCCUGGUGUGCGCCGCGCAGCUGCCCUUCCUGCCCAGCCCGGCCGUGCUCUCGCCCUUCGUCCUGGGCUCGCAGACCUACGGCGCGCCCGCCUUCUACGCGCCGCAUCUCUGA